UGCAAGGAAACGAGGUGGGAGGCCAAACAGAGGAGGGGGAAAAUUUAACAAGCCUAAAGGAGGUAGAGGUGGUGGAGGUGGAAGCAGAGGCGGAGGCGGAGGUGGAGGUAGGAAAGGAGGAGCUCAUCAGUGGGAUGACGACGACGAUGAUUUCAGCCUUGAUUUUGGACCCUCUCGUUCCAGCAGACCUGGCAGAGGACGAAGCGGCAGUGCUGGCGGCGGCAGCAGUGCAGGUGGCAGGGAUGGCGGUCGAGGAAGGGGAGGUAGAGAUCGAGGCAGGGACGGCAGAGGCAGCGGGAAAAGCAUUGGCAAGGCUCUCCCAAGGUCCCUGGCAAGGACCAGUACGUGCCCAAAGUCAGGUGAUGGCGUCAGGCCGGCGGUGAGCACUAUGCCCUUGCAGAAGAUCUUCAUGACUAAUGAGAACCAAGAACAACUCAAGGAGCUGCUGAGGGAUCUGCAGACCCAUGACUUUGAUGAGCCAUAUGAUGAAUCUGGUACGGACUAUUCGGGGGGCGAAGAGAAUGAUGAGGAUUUUGAUGAGUUGGACCACCGUGCGGAAGGCCAGUUUUGGGCCACUAACGACGAGCCUCUAGAGAGAGCAGAAAGCCCAGCAUAUGAGCUAGAGUCUGAUGAUGAACGGCCCACCCCUGAACCUAUCAUCUCCUUAUUUGCCAUAGGAAAACUCUGCAGGUAUGGGUUUGACAGGGAGCGCAGCAAGCAAGCAUUGGAAUCUUUGGGAGGGGAAUUCGGCGCUACUUUGGAACAUCUCCUUCACCAGGUUUUCAGUGAGCGCUACGGCCAGAAAGCAGUUUCCCCUGAUGGCCUUGAAGGGGUGCCUAUGGAUGAGUGUUUGAGCCAGAGGCAGGAAGAAGCUCUGGCUCUCACUGCCAUUUACGGUGAGCGCUUCAGUGAGCGCAUUGCCAAUGCAGUCUGGACAGUAACCCUGGACCUCUCAUUCAUCUCGGACAAUGCUGCCAAGAAUGGUGGGAGAGUCGGGAGUCGAGGUGGUGGAGGAGCUCUUAACAUCCGAGAUGUCUGCCGAUUCUACAUGAAAGGGCAAGGCUGCCGGUUUGGGGACAAAUGCAAGUUUAAGCACCAACUCCUCUCUACAGGGAGAUCUGGGGCCGGUUCCCCAAACCUGGACGGUCCGAGUCAGCCUGGCUUCAGCAGCUAUUCUCCUCCUGAGUAUGAACUACAGGUCCGUUUCCCCAAAGGAAACCGGUACCCAUUUCAAGCACCAAUAGUCGCCUUCAGCACCACCGACGAAUCCAUCAGUGCUGCAGGGAGGCUCAGCGUCACUGAAAGGUUGUUUGGAGAAGCGUUGGCUGCAGCAAGGAGCAGCGAGCCUGUCGUUUACACUCUGAUCACCGUGUGUGAGGAUGAAACUACCAUGAAUGAACUGCUGGCUGCCGGUCAUCACAAAUACAGCACGCCGCCGCCUGUUGUUGUGGUCCCUCCACCGUCUCUUUCUAUAGCAAAGAGUAAGAGUGUGAGGAGCAAUGCUUCUGGGGAAAGCAGGAGUAGUAGUAGUAGUAACAUUACCAAUAGCAGUAAUCAUACCAACAGCAGAAGCACUGCUCCACCUAACAGCCAAAGACCCACCGAUCUGAAAGAGACAGGAGAGGCAGAGGAGCUGGACGAGAGGGAUGAGGAAGAUGAGGAUGAGGCCGUUCCAGUCGAGAAUGAGAGUUAUGUCAAUCUGAGGAAGAAGAUGGUGACUAAGCACAACCUGAAGAUAGACAACCUACUGCAAGAAAAUGGCAAGCUGUGCCGAGAGUUUCAGAAGAAACAGUCAUCCAGGCGUUUUAGGUCCAUGUUGGAGCAGAGGAGGAAGCUGCCGGCUUGGCAAGAAAAAGAAAACAUCCUGGACCUGUUGGACCGGUGCCAGGUGCUGGUGGUCAGCGGGAUGACUGGGUGUGGUAAGACCACUCAGAUCCCUCAGUUCAUUCUGGACGCCUCAUUAAGUGGUCGAGCGGAGCAGGUGGCCAACAUCAUCUGCACUCAGCCCCGCCGCAUCUCUGCCAUCUCGGUGGCCCAGAGAGUGGCACAGGAGCGCGCAGAGUGUCUGGGCAACUCAGUGGGCUACCAGAUCCGCCUGGAGAGUGUCAGGACGUCUGCCACCAGAUUGCUGUACUGCACCACUGGCGUGCUACUGAGGAGGCUGGAGGGUGAGGCAGACCUCAAAGGCGUCACACACGUCAUUGUGGAUGAGGUGCACGAGCGAACAGAGGAGAGUGACUUCCUGCUGUUGGUAUUAAAAGACCUGAUUAUGCAGAGGCCAGACCUGAAGAUCAUUCUAAUGAGUGCAACACUUAAUGCCAACCUCUUCUCUGAGUAUUUUUACGACUGUCCCGCUGUCCAUAUACCAGGGCGUACUUUCCCCGUUGACCAGUUUUUUCUUGAAGAUGCCAUCGCUAAAUCCCGCUAUGUCAUUGAGGACGGCAGUCCUUACAUGCGCUCAGGGAAACAGAAUUUGUCUUUCACAAGUGAACGAAGAAGCAAAGGAGAGCCCAAGUACAUGGUGGACGACUUGGGUGAUGACAUGUGGAACUUCAUGUCUUUCUCUAAGAAAGACGUUGUCAAAGACUCCAUUCCAGACCAGCAGCUCAGCCUGCAGGAGCUCACGAUCAGAUACAAAGAUACUAAGAAGUCUGUGCUGAAGACCAUUUCUGCAAUGGACCUGGACAAGAUCAACAUGGACCUGGUGGAGAGCCUGCUGGAGUGGAUUGUAGAUGGAAAACACAACUACCCUCCAGGUGCAGUGCUCGUGUUUUUGCCAGGCCUGGCUGAGAUCAAGAUGCUCUACGAGCAGCUCAAGUCAAACAGGAUGUUCAACAACAGGGGUGCAAGCAGGUGUGUGGUGUACCCGCUCCACUCAAGCUUGUCCAAUGAGGAGCAGCAGGCAGUUUUCAGCCGGCCCCCAGAGGGCGUCACAAAGAUUAUCAUCUCCACCAACAUCGCAGAGACCUCGGUAACCAUUGACGACGUGGUAUAUGUCAUCGACUCCGGCAAGAUGAAGGAGAAAAGGUACGAUGCAUCUAAAAGCAUGGAGAGCCUGGAGGACUCGUGGGUUUCUCGAGCCAACGCACUGCAGAGGAAGGGUCGAGCGGGUCGCGUGGCCUCAGGGCUCUGCUUCCACCUCUUCACCAGCCACUGCUUCCAACACCAGCUGGCUGAGCAACAGCUGCCUGAGAUCCAGAGAGUGCCUCUAGAGCAGCUCUGCCUCCGAAUUAAGAUCCUGGAUGUCUUUGCUGAGCGGACGCUGGAGUCGGUCUUCUCUCGGCUCAUCGAACCCCCGGCUAUGGGAAGCUUGGAUGCGGCCAAGCAGCGCCUGCAGGACCUGGGCGCUCUCACUGCAGAUGAGAAACUGACCCCGCUGGGCUACCACCUGGCCUGCCUGCCCGUUGACGUGCGCAUCGGGAAACUCAUGCUGUUUGGUGCCAUCUUUCGCUGCCUCGACCCAGCACUCACCAUCGCCGCCAGUCUGGCCUUCAAAUCACCAUUUGUGUCUCCAUGGGAUAAGCGGGAAGAAGCCAAUGAGAAGAAACUGGCCUUUGCUUUGGCCAAUAGUGACCAUCUAGCUUUGUUACAGGCAUAUAAGGGAUGGUGUUGUGCUGCAAAGAAUGGCAACCGGGCCGGCUUCCUUUACUGCAGGGAGAACUUUCUGUCUUGGCGUGGCUUACAGGAGAUCGCCAGUCUGAAGAGGCAGUUUGCUGAGCUGCUGUCUGACAUUGGCUUCAUCAAGGAGGGACUGAGGGCCAGGAUUAUAGAGCGCAUGUGCUCUAACGGCACUGAUGGUGUUGUAGAGGCCACCGGCCCAGAGGCUAACUUGAACUCAGAAAACAUCCGGUUGAUGUCCGCCAUGCUUUGUGCAGCCCUCUAUCCCAAUGUGGUCCAGGUGCGAUCUCCUCAGGGGAGUUACAAGAUGACCAGCAAAGGCGUGAUGAAGAUGCAGCCCAAAGCCAACGAGUUCAGCUUCAUGACCAAGAGCGACGGCUGCGUCCACGUGCACCCGUCGUCAGUCAACUACACGGUUCGCCACUACAACAGCCCCUACCUAGUCUACCACGAGAAGGUGAAAACGAGCCGUGUUUUCAUCAGGGACUGCAGCAUGGUGUCAGUCUACGCACUGGUGCUGUUUGGAGGCGGGCAGGUCAACAUGGAGCUGCACAAGGGAGAGUUUGUCAUCUCUCUCGAUGAUGGCUGGAUCCGAUUUGCUGCCGCUUCUCAUCAGGUGGCUGAGCUGGUGAAGGAGCUGCGCUGGGAGCUGGACCAGCUGCUAGAGGACAAAAUCAGGAACCCGAGCAUGGACCUGUGCACCUGCCCCCGUGGCUCCCGCAUCAUCCGCAUGAUAGUCCAACUCAUCUCUACGCAGUAGAGCGCCCCCUUUUGACCCUUUUUCUGACCCUCAAGGGCUUAAAUGCAUGGAGCGCUGCAUUAAACAUGUCUUUCUGCUCCUGCAUCACUGCCACAAAGUGAUUUUAAUAACAUGUUACUCUCUCUCUCAUUAGUUAGGAACGUCGAGGUCAAAAACCCCGAUACUGGUUAGAAUUUGUAUUCUCUUAGACAGACAGAUCAGCAGGGCAGAUACCCUACUUGAAGUGAUGUCCUCUGGUUAAAGUACAGACACACCACCACCCUGCUGCCACCAGACACUUAAGUAUCAGUUUACACAAAAGACAAAGCUGUUAUUGUGUUGUUACUGUAGAGGCUUCUUAAAGCAAAUUUUGCCUUCAAAGAAAAAACAUGACUAUGCAGGUGAUCCGCAAACCUCCUUCAUUGUUAUUGCUACAGAAAAGCUUAUUUUGACACUUUUGGAAUGCAACUUGUGAGAUGUCAUGCUACUACUGUAUGUGCAGUAAAUUGGCACACAGUUUGAUUGUUGAAUUUGAUGUCAGAGAUAAUUUGCUUGCAGUGCAUUUUUAUUUUGGGUGUUGUGUGUCAAAAUUGAGAGGUUUCAUGGGUCCAUAUUGGAUUUCUCAUUGUCAGUGACUGCAAUCUUGUUGUGGCUGUGGAUAUUUAUUGAUAUUGCAUGAUUGGGAGGCCAAGAGCUUCUGCAUGAUAUUCGGUUGUGUAACAUUUCCUGAAUGUAUAUAAAUGUCACAGUGAUGUCAAAACUACAUUUUCACAAUGUGAAUGCAAGGGCUUUUUAAAUCAGGGGAAUUUGGUGAUAAUUGCCAAAGAAUUUGAAAGCUAAUUGUCUUAACAAGUGAUGAAUUCCACUGCACUAAUAAUAAAACGAAGAUUUAGCUGGC